GAGCGAGGCCAUUUUAUAUUGCUGUGGAGAUUGAGAAGAGUUGUUGUAUGCUGGAGUGUCAUUGCCGCGAUGCCGACGAAACGCUGUUAUUUUCAUCCGGAUUGCAGGUCCACUUUGUUCAGCCUUCCUAGGGACGGGGAAGUUAGGGAUCAAUGGUUAAAAAUUAUUUUUAACUCGGUCCCUCAAAAUUAUUACCCAAAUCUUGCUCUCUGUGCUGCUCAUUUUACGGAGGAAAGCUUCCACAAUCUUCGCGAGUUCAAUGCAGGAUUCGCCCAACGGCUUGUCCUGAAAGAUGGAGCAGUUCCAACUUUAAAAACAGAAGCUGUUUACGGGCCACAACCUACAACAUCUCAGCAGGGUUCGAGUUCCCAAGAGCUCCCCACUACAUCUACACUUCAUGAAGUUGGAUGUCAGUCAGACCCUAUAGAGACCGAAACUGUAGCCACAGAGAAAAAGCCAAAGAUGCGAUCAGUGGGCACACAACUUUCAAUGGGACACUCAGCAAAAUUUGGCAGCUACACCAUUAUGCACAUGGAAACCAACAAAAUUCUGGAUCUUCAACUAGUUCAGAGCAACGAGGUUGGUGGAAGUUAUCAUAUGGAAAAGGAGGGAUUGAAGCGUUGUCUUGAUAAGCUCGAGUCUAAUGGUUUAGCUGUUGACUACAUCGUCACUGAUCGCCAUCCGCAGAUUCAGAAGUACCUGAGGGACCACAAUAUCACUCAGUUCUAUGACGUGUGGCACUUUGAGAAAGGUUUAUCUAAGAAACUUGACAAACUUUCAAAAAUGAAGGACUGUGAGGUGCUGAAAAAAUGGUUGCACAGCAUCAAAAACCAUGUUUACUGGAGUGCGAUUUCCUCUGAGUCUGGGCCAGAAAAGGUGGCGAAGUGGAAUUCACUGCAGAACCACAUCCAAAAUGUACAUGUUCAUGAGAACCACCUCUUCCCUAAGUGUGAACACCCAGACAAAGUUUCCAGGGAUCCAAAAAAAUGGAUCCAACCAGGAUCAAUAGCGCUCCAUAAAGUGGAAAAGCUAUUAUACAACAAGAGAGUUCUCAAGGAUAUAGAAAAGCUCAGCCACAACUUUCAGACGUCAUCACUGGAGGCUUUCCACAGUCUGAUUUUGCGUUUUGCCCCAAAGAACGUGAUUUUCCCUUUCAUAGGAAUGUUGUGCAGGCUGUAUCUUGCAGCAAUGCACUAUAAUGAAAAUGCUAACCGUGAGCAGGCAACAACAACAGCAAAGCCAGUGAAAAUAGAACCAACAUACAACUAUGUGGAUGACCUUAUGAGCCUUCUGUUACAUAAAGUCUUUGUGGACCCCAAGCCAUAUGCAGAAGAGCUGCAUGCAAUCCCCAUUCCACCUCCUCUGUCAUCACAGUAUGAAAAACCUUCCAAAGAAGAGGUGAUUGCCCAGCGUGUGUCACGAUUCAGUCGAGGGGUGGCCGGAACCCAACAUACUGUCCCGCUGGAUCAGGAAACUGUAGACGGAUCCGGUUAA